AUGGUGGAUUGUCCCGGGUACAGUCUCUCUGGAGUGGCUGCCUCCUUGCUCUUUGUCCUGCUGACUAUAAAGCACCCAGAUGACUUCAGAGUGGUCGGCCCUGCCCUCCCUAUCCUGGCCAAAGUCGGGGAAGAUGCCCUGCUGACGUGUCAGCUCCUCCCCAAGAGGACCACGGCACACAUGGAGGUGAGGUGGUACCGCUCCGACCCUGACACGCCUGUGAUUGUGUACCGGGAUGGAGCAGAGGUAACCGGGUCACCGACGGAGGGGUAUGGAGGCCGGGCACAGUGGACGGAGGACAGCAGUGAAGAAGGGAGUGUGGCUCUGAAGAUUCACCAGGUCCAGCCAGGUGACGAUGGCCAGUACUGGUGCCGCUUCCAGGAGGGGGACUACUGGAGAGAGGCAAGCGUGCUACUCCAAGUGGCUGCUCUAGGAUCGUCUCCAAACAUCCAUGUGGAAGUACCCGGAGAAAGAGAGGUCCAGCUCGUGUGCACAUCCCAAGGCUGGUUCCCUGAACCUGAGGUCCAUUGGGAGGGCAUCUGGGGAGACAAGUUGAUGAGUUUCUCUGAGAAUCACGUGCUGGGUGAAGAUGGGCUGUUCUAUGUGGAAGACACACUGGUGGUCAGGAAUGACAGUGUGGAGACCGUUUCCUGCUUCAUCUACAACCAUGACCUCAGAGAGGCCCAGGAGGCCACCAUCGCUCUGCCAGAGAAACUUCACACUGAGCUGGCUUCCUCUAGCGUGAUCGGAUCUUCCCAGCCAACUCCUGUUCGAGUCGGAGAGAACAUAGAAUUAACUUGUCACCUCUCACCUCAAACGGAUGCUCAGAGCUUGGAGGUGAGGUGGCUCCGAUCCCGCUAUUACCCUGCAGUCCACGUGUAUGCUAAUGGGGCCCACGAGGCUGGAGAGCAGAUGGUGGAAUACAAAGGGAGGACUUCGCUGGUGACUGACGCCAUCCACCAGGGAAAACUGACCCUGCAGAUCAGCAACGCCAGAACUUCGGACGAAGGGCAGUACCGGUGCCUUUUUGGAAAAGAUGGCGUCUACCAGGAGGCCCGUGUGGAUGUGCAGGUGAUGGCGGUGGGUUCCACCCCACGGAUCACCCGGGAGGUUUUGAAAGAUGGAGGCAUGCAGCUGAGGUGUACAUCGGAUGGGUGGUUCCCACGGCCCCACGUGCAAUGGAGGGACAGAGAUGGAAGGAUAGUGCCAUCAUUUUCUGAGGCCUUUCGACAAGGGAGCCAGGAGUUGUUCCAGGUGGAGACGCUCCUGCCCGUCAUAAAUGGCUCCGUGGUGAACGUGACCUGCUCCAUCAGCCUCCCUCUGGGCGAGGAGAAGACUGCACGCUUUCCUCUCUCAGACUCCAAGAUAGCUUUGUUAUGGAUGACCCUGCCUGUUGUGGUGCUGCCUCUCGCCAUGGCUAUCGACCUGAUCAAGGGGAAAGGGCGGCGGACGAAAGAACAAACACACAAUGGCAAUCGGGAAAAUAACAAGAAUGAAGAAAGCCGUAGACGACGGCUUCCUUCUGACGAGAGGCUCAGAUAAAAAUGCACCGUGCAAGCCCAGCACCCCCGACUUCCUGAACCCCAUCCUUCCUCUCAUCUUGUCCCUCAGCGAGCACCACUGUGCUGACAUAGGAAUGGUUUCACCUGCUGCUGUCCAAAGACUCUUCAGGACCCGGUCUGCUCCUGAUGAGUCCUCACUCACGGUUGGGGACCCCUGACCUGAGCCAACCAAUCCUAGUCUUGGUCCCGCCCUCACAGUGAUGGCAUCUUCUCUCCCAUUGCCUCUUUCUGUUGUCCCUCAGGCAAGCAUCCCUGCCUGUGCAUGGCAGCUUUCUCCUAUCACCUUGACCAGGAGAAUGCAGCUGGUUCACGUAAGGACCACAGAAAGGAGACAGGAAAAAAUUGCUACCGCUUAAAUCUCUCAUAAGGUGUUUCAUACCUAUCUAUGUCAUGUACUGAUGUCCCAAAGAACAAUGCUUCCAUGCCUAAAACAGGGUUUUCUACAGUAACCUCACCAAAACAUAGACCUGGAGAGAAAUGUCACUCAUCUGAGACCUGGAUGGGCUUUUUCUAGAAAUGCCCAACCCAGUAGCAGCAGAGGGACAAAGCAAAUGGGAGGAGAGGGUUUCUUUCCUCUUUCCUCAAGAGGAAGGGCUAACUGAUUCUCAGUUAUGGAAGACCUGACACUUGCACUACACAUCAGACAGGAGGUCAUAGAAAUAACUAAGGGGUUAAAAGCACUGGCUGUGCUUGCAGCGGACCUGAGUUCCACCCACUCCCAGCACCCAUACAGCAGGUCACGGCCAUCUAUAAGUCCAGUUCUAGGGGAUCUGGUGCCCUUUUCAAGCCUCCAAGGGCACCAGGAACAUGCCUGGUACACAGGCAUACAUGUUGGCAAGGCAUCCAUACAUACAAAAUAAAAAUAAUCUUUAAAAAGAAUUAGAUCAAAGCCUCUCAUGUGGUCUCUAUCUGAGCAUGUCUGCAGCUGGUUCACAUAAGGACCACAGAAAGGAGACAGGAAAAAAUCGCUACUGCUUAAAUCCCUCAUAAGGUGUUUCAUACCUAUCUAUGUCAUGUACUGAUGUCCCAAAGAACAAUGCUUCCAUGCCUAAAACAGGGUUUUCUACAGUAACCUCACCAAAAAACUCUCUGUCUUAGUUACUGUUCUUUUGCUGUGACAAAACACCAUGACCAAGACAACUUUGUAAAAGAAAGCAUUUGAUCCGGGGCCUAUGGCUCCAGAGGGCUGAAGUCCACAGCCAUCAUGGCUGGAGGGCAUCUGGCAUCAGGCAGGCAGACACGGCACUGGAGCAGUAGCUGAGAGCCUAUAUCAGACCCACAAGGAUAAGGCAGAGAGCCUAACUCGGAACCAUGUGGACUUCGAACCUCAGUGUCUCACCUGCUCCCACAAGGGCACACCUCCUAAUCCUUCACCAGGUCCACCAGCUGGGUCUAAGCCCUCAAUCACAUGAGCGUAUGGGGGCCAUUUGCAUUCAAACCACAUUUUGUCAUUCUCUAAAUUUGCUUUUUUGAUCCCCUCUGGAGUUUAUGUGAACA